AUGCGGAAGUCAAAAUCGCCCAAGAAACACGACAAGGAUAAGGAAAAGAAGAAGUUGAAACACGAUCCCGACACCCACCCUCUAAACCUCCCUCCCGAACAGCUUCGCCAACUCCAGGCUCAAAUGGCCCGACAAGAGGCUGAGGCUAGCAGACAGUCCAUGUCCAUGGACAGAGACACUCCCGAGACACACAAUGAGUUUGUCAUCCCGAAUGGAACAUCGCCACCGGCCACCCCCUCGAGAGACGCUCCAGGUGGGUUUCCAGAACAACAAACCCGAGAUGAUACCACAAACGGCGCCGACGGCCACGAUGAACGAAACCCUGUCCCUCCUCCACACCGAGUGCCCCCGGCGCCCAAAGCAGAUCCGGAGGCGUGCAAAGCCGCCGGUAACAAAUUCUUCAAGACCAAGGAUUAUGAGAGAGCGAUUGUGGAAUACACAAAAGCUGUCGAUGCAGAACCUUCAAAUCCGACGUACUUGUCGAAUAGAGCCGCUGCGUACAUUUCCGCCAAUCAAUAUUCACAAGCCCUCAGUGAUUCAUUACAGGCCAGCAGAUUAGACCCCAAUAAUGACAAAAUUCUACAUCGUCUCGCACGGAUUUACACCUCUCUGGGCCGGCCGCAAGAUGCCUUGGAUACAUAUGCGAAAAUCCCUAAUGCCUCGGCGACAGACACGGCAGCGGCUCGAAAAGCCCUGCAGUCGAUAGAAAUGGCAGAGAAACAGAUCAAUUCAGAAGAUGGAAAUGGCAAUAUGGCGCUCUGGAGCAUCGAACAGGCCAAGUCCACAUUGGGAUCAGGGACACCCACACCCCGACAAUGGCAGAUACUGCGGGCAAAAGCCCACCUGAAACUGGGAUCUACAAAUGCAUUGGGAGAGGUCCAGGGAAUCGCUCAGAACUUAAUGCGUGAGAAUCCAAUGGACGCCGAAGCCAUCGUCCUGGCGGGUCGAGCAUUCUACCUGAAAGACGAGAAACCACGGCAAGGGAAGAGCGACUACGAACGCGCCGAAGAUUAUUUCCGACAAGCACUUGCGCUGGACCCCGAUAAUGCCGACGCACGAAAUUCCCUGCGCACGAUGAAGAAACUAGACCGAGCAAGGACGGCUGCCAACGAUAUGUUUAAGCGAGGCAAAUAUUCAGACGCCGUGAACGCCUAUGCGGAAGCUCUCACCAUUGACCCAACCAAUAAAGUCACAAAUGCCAAACUUCUAGGGAACCGUGCCAUGUCCCGUAUCAAGGUCAAACAGUAUGAUGAAGCCAAGGCCGACUGCGACCACGCGCUGAAACUUGAUCCGACAUACAUCAAAGCCCGCAAGACCCGCGCCAAAGCUACAGGGGAGGCCGGCGAUUGGGAGCAGGCCGUCAAAGACUGGAAAGCCAUGGUGGAGGACAAUCCGUCCGACUCGGAAUUGAACAAAGAGUUGCGCAACGCAGAGCUGGAGCUCAAGAAGUCCAAGCGAAAAGAUUACUACAAGAUCUUGGGCGUGGACAAAGAUGCCGGGGAUAAGGAAAUUGAGCGUGCGUACAAACGCAAAGCGGCUCUUCUUCACCCGGACAAGACCCAAGGCGAUAAGGCCAAGGAAGAGGAGUUCAAGGACUGUCUAGAGGCCAAAGAAACGUUGCUCGAUCCCCAGAAGCGACAGAUGUAUGAUUCGGGGGCAGAUCUCGCCGAGCCAGGUAUUAGCAUGGGAGGUUUCCCGGGUGGAAUGGGCGGCUUUGGCGGCAUGGGUGGUGGUGGAGGAGUUCAGAUUGAUCCGGAGAUGUUGUUCAACAUGAUGAACGGUAUGGGUGGUGCUGGGAGCGGGCACGGUGGGUUCAGAUUCAGCACCGCAGGUGGGCGAGGUGGUUUCUCGCCGUUUGGUUGA